GUUCGAGGCGCGCGGCUGUCCGCAGCCCCGACCGAGAUCUUUUACUCGAACUGCGGCGAAGUGCUGCGGGACUUGGUGGAGAGAAAUCAGAACGAAGACCCUGCUGCCUGGGCCACAGUCAACCCCGAGGUCUACUACGCGCUACGAAUUGCCGCCCACCAAAUGAAGCAGCUGAAAGCAGCCUGGGACGCGGCAGCGGGGAAGAUUGCAGCCAC